CACUCUUUAGAUUUGGUUUAUAAUCGAAAUUUUUGUUAAUGCUAAAGAGUGAAAGUUGUUUUCAUUCUAUUUUGUAUAUAGCGAUUGAAAGUCAACACCAUAGUAUAAAUAAAGAAUAAAUAUUAAUAGGAUAAUUAAAUCCUAAGAUUCCUGUUGAGACUUCAGCUUCGAAUUGAUUAAUUUUUCGUGGCUACAGACCAAAGAGAAGUCACACUGUUAUCAUGAAUCGAAUAGUGAUAUUUGGAGCUACAGGAAAUACCGGAUUAUGUUCUUUAAAUACUGCUGUAAACAAGGGACUAAAUGUAAGAGUAUUUGUAAGAGAUGAAAACAAGGUACCAGAACAUUUAAAAGAUAAGGUAGAUAUAGUUGUUGGAGAUGUUACCAAUGCAGAACAAGUUUCAAAUGCAGUAGCUGAUAGAGAUGCAGUAGUUGUUGUUCUUGGCACACGGUACAGCUUGAGUCCAACUACCAUGUUAUCAGAGGGCAUGAAAAAUAUUAUAGAAGCUAUGAAAAAACAUAAUGUAGAAAUAGUAUCUGUCUGUUUAUCUGAAUUUCUAUUCUAUAAACCUGAAGAAGUACCUAGUCUAUUUAGAGAUGUAACUGAAGACCAUCAACGUAUGUUUGAUGUUCUCAAGGCAAGUCAAUUAAAAUGGAUUGCAAUAUUACCACCUCAUAUUUCAGACUCAAUUCCAAGUUCAAAAUAUGAGGUGAAAAUUGACGAAUCUCCUGGUCGAGCUAUUUCUAAGCAUGACUUGGGUGCAUUUCUUGUUGAAAGCCUUGAACAACCACAGUAUUAUCAAAAAGUUUGUGGUAUUGCAAAUGUUCCAUAAUAUUAUAUAAAAUGUGAUCAGUUAUAAAUAAGUUCUUUUAUUUCUUUCUAGUAAAAUAAAUUUAAAAUAUAAAAAUAAGAAAGAAAAUUUCUGCUUACUCAAAAUAUAUUGCAUCAAUACUGAAACAUUAAAAAAAUAUGUGCAAUUCCAAAUAUCUGUUGGAAUGGUUAUAAUGUAUUAUGACAUAAAAAUGAGAUGUAUGCAUAAUAUUUUUGUAUUUAUGGACGAUUAAAAAAA